CUAUCGGCCAAUCAUCGCGAGCAGCUGACAACCCUGAUCGAAUACGUUCACAUUAUCUAUUUGGCAGAAAGUGCAAAACAGUUCUUGAAGUUUUUGAAAUUCCGGCCUUUUUUGGUUGGAAAAUCAUUGUGGAAAAUGGAUAAAUCAUCGGUGGCCACCAUGGGAAGGAACUGCCGCGCCUGCGCCGAACACUCGCCCGUGCUGGUGGACCUCUUCUCCACGGAUAUCUGCGACCCACCCGUUUGGGAAAUGCUAAACUCCUUUCUCCCCGAGAACUGCCGCGUCAACCGAGAUGCAAUGCCGCAGAAGAUCUGCCCCUCAUGCCUGGUGGCCACCCAAAACGCCUUUCACUUCAGGCACAAGUGCGAGCAGAGUUUCCAGUACUUUUCCCACCUCCUCCAGCUGCACAAUCCCGCUCCCACUAACCAAGGUAGAACUCGGGGCAGAAAGGGUGAUACAAAUCAACUAGUGGAUUUCGAGAUGGUCGGCUGCGAGGAUCCGCUGGACACGAAUGUUUCUGGAAAGGAAGAGGAUCGGCUUGUUUUGAAAACGGAUAAUGAUUUCGAGCCAACGGAUGGCUUGCCAGUUAAGGAACAGGACGGUCAACCGCUGCAGGAAGUCUUUGAAAUAACUAUGAGCGAUAUAAAAACUGAAGAAGAAUUGUCCAACGGUGAGACAUUCGAAGAUGCCUUUGCAGAAGACGAUAAUAAUGUUGACGAAAGUGAAAACGAAUCUGAUGAAUGGUCACCUAGCUGGUCGGACCAAGAGGACCAAGAGGAGACCUGGAUGCAAGGCAAGGGAGAGCCAUUAACGACCGACGACAAGAAUCAGUCGCUGCUGUGCACAGAGUGUGGAGUGACUUUUUCGUCGCAGAAGGCGUUGCAGAAACACAUUGCAAGGCACAAGGCGCAGGAUGAUCCUCAAAAGCCGCACCUGUGCGACUUCUGCGGCAGAGGAUUCCGUACCAACGCCCAGCUAACAACCCAUAGGCGCAAGCACACCGGUGAACGUCCUUUCAAAUGCCCCCUCUGCCCAAAAGAGUACACCCAUGGUCCUACCCUAAAGUCGCACAUGCUCACCCACGACGAGCAGAAAGCUCACAAUUGUCCGCAGUGUGAUAAGACCUUUUACACUAGGGGCAACCUUAGGGCCCAUAUAAAACGCCACACUGGCGAAAGACCAUAUGAGUGUCCCGAAUGUCAUCAGACCUUUACGAAGAACUCGGGCCUUAAAUUGCACAGUCGUCUGCAUAAAGAGGAAAAGCCCUUUAAAUGUGAGCUCUGCGGCAAAGGAUUUGUCCAGAACCAGCAUUUGAUCACCCACUUGCGGGUCCACAACGGGGAUCGCCCGUUCAAGUGUCCCGACUGCGACAAGUCGUUCUUCGAGAAAUCCAACAUGAUGAAGCAUCAGCGCACGCACACGGGCUUUAAGCCUUUCAAGUGCGAGGAGUGCGGCCAAGCAUUUUCGCACAACCAUCAUCUGAAGAGUCACCUACGCAUCCACACCGGAGAAAAGCCCUACAAGUGUGACCAGUGCGGCAAGGGCUUCUGUGCGAAUCAGUCUCUUGCAAAGCAUGUCCUUUGGCAUGUGGAAAACAAUGAUAGGCCCUUCAAAUGCACCAAAUGCCCCAAAGCCUUUGACUCACUGCAGAGUUUACGGGGCCACGAUAAGGCGCACAGAAAGCCCGUUGAGCCGAAAACGUUGCAUCAAUGUCCACACUGCGAUGUCAGGUUUGCCCUAAAGAAGACAUUGGACAAGCAUAUUGGUAGUCAUAAGAUUCGGCCCCACCCAUGUCCGCAUUGUGACGAAGGAUUCUUUUCCGAGAAGAGCUUUAACAAACACCUACGCGUGCACAAAUCGAAGGAAUAAAAGUAGCUUUCCAUUUAGACACGAAAUGUAUUAUAUCAUACUACCAUGUUCAAAUAUUCUUCCACAAACGUGGACUCAAAAAAGAUAAUUUUUAAACUUAUUAUAAGUUUUAAUAAGUUUUUUGUUACAAAUAUACCUAAGAAUUUAUUUUUAAUGAAGGGUCAA